GCAGAUCAUCACCAUCGGCAGUUCAGCACAUAAAGAAACGGAGAAACCGGCCAUGUCGUCUCUUCUCAGGUCCUUCGCGUCGCUCUACUGCCAGAAGCUCCGCUCCACCACCCGCCUCGGACCGUCGUGCAACAACGUUGCAGCGCGCUUCCCGGCGUCCGACGGACGGAUGUUCUUGGCCUCCGGCGAGCAGCAUCGUGGCGUCAGGGAGUAUAGAGUAACCGGCGGUGCAGCUGAUGAUACAAGACGGCCGGCAGCUCUAGCUCUGCCAUGUCAUCACGGACAAGAACGAACUCCUUUCUUGACCUGGGUAAGAAUAGCGAUUGGUUCUGUUCUUGCCGCCGCGACACCAUUCCUGCACUCCAAAUGGGUGGCAUUCCUGCGGAUUCAGAGUGAGCUGGAGGUAGUGAAAGACACGGCUGAAGUGGUGGCGGAGGUCGUCGAGGAGGCAGCGGUGGCGGCGGAGAAGGUGUCGUCGGAGGUGGCCGAGCAGCUUCCGGAGGGUGGCAAGCUGAGGACGGCGGCCGUGCUCGUGGAGCACGCGUCUAAGGAAGUUGCCGAGGAGGCUCACCUUGCACAAGACAUCAUCCACAAGGUCAAUGAAAUUGAAGAGGGCGUGAAGGCCAUGAUUGAGCCGUUUGUGGAUCUUGGCAAGCAUGGGCAGGGGAAGGAACAGCACAAACUCAGGGGGAAGUAAAUUUGCAGUCUAGUCUGUACAGAACAAUCAGUACUGCAAAAUAAGGACAAUCCUGUGCUGUGGAUAUUCGGUAACCAUUUCAUUUCUCGUUUUGUUAUUUGCAAAGAGGGAAAUUGUAAUAAAGGAACGAUUGGUCAGAAGAGUUGUUUUUAUGUUUAUAUAUUGCACUUGUUAAUUAGC